CACCCUCACUCCGGAGUUACGUUCACAAUCACAAACCCAUAAGCAACCCGACAAACACUCAGUUAAAUAACCUGUAGCCGCAGCUAUUUUAAAGUAUUUCUUGUCGAGGUAAUCCAACUCAAUGAUCCAGUUAUUUUUGUUUUAUAUCCGUCAAGCUGGUGGACAUAUUUAAGUCAUCGUGCGGCUGAUUUAUAACUGUUUACAACCAGGUUUGCAGCAAGAUUUUAGCGUAAGCAUGGCUUCUCGCGGAAAAUCAGAAACAGGUAAAUUGAGGCAAAACAUGGAAGAGCAGCUUGACAGACUGAUGCAGCAGCUUCAGGAUCUGGAGGAAUGCAGAGAAGAGCUGGACGAUGAAGAGUAUGAGGAGACAAAAAAGGAAACCUUGGAGCAGUUGAGUGAAUUCAAUGAAUCCCUGAAGAAGAUCAUGACAGGAGACAUGACACUUGUGGAUGAACUCAGUGGAAUGCAGCUGGCAAUCCAGGCCGCCAUCAGCCAAGCUUUCAAAACCCCAGAGGUGAUCCGACUUUUCGCUAAGAAGCAGCCGGGACAGCUGAGAACCAGACUGGCAGAGAUGGACCGAGAUGUCAUAGUGGGGAAACUGUCACGGGACAUGUACACACAGCAGAAAAUGGAAAUCCUAACAGCCCUGAGAAAACUUGGAGAGAAGCUCACUUCGGAGGAUGAGACUUUUCUGACAGAAAAUGCUACAGCUACUCUGAGCCAGUUUGAAAAAGUGACUGCCAAUUUAGGCUCCGAAGACAAAAUUUUGGCUUUAGCUAGCUCUGGUGUGAAAACCAAGGCGUAGUGAUUCUACAAAAUGCUGAUUUUAACUUUGUGUCUUUAUUACCAAGUCAGAAAUGUGCCAAUUGAUCAGUGAUUUUGUAAAUAAUCAGUGCACUUCUAGGUGUUGCUUUAGGCACUAACACUUUUUUAGCAGUAUUGGUUUUUUUUACCCCUCGACUUUUGUAAAUGUCUUUUAUCUGUCCAGAUGGGUGUAAAAUUGUAUUAUAGGUACGAGCAUGUGAUUUGUGAAAUAUGACGACAUGUACAUGAAUGUUCAAGAGAAAUACUCUGUUGUGAUUUGUGCUGUAUUUCUUAUUGGGUUGCUGUUUUUUUUUUCUUAAAACUGAAAAAUUCAACAUUGUUGUUUUUAAGAUUGUUGAUGUCCUGAACGAGUGCUGCAAAUAUUCAAGAUGUCAUUUUAUUUGAACUAAACUGUGCUGUUUACGGGGAUUUGGACAAAAUAACAGAAAUACAAUACAGACAGAACUUUGGUGUAAUUAAAAUACACUACAAAGACAGAAACAAUAGUAAGUCUAUUUGUAUGCAAUACACUAUUUCAGAGGUUUUCAAUCUUUUUUCACCCCUUACAAGAUAGAGAAUAUAUUGUGGAUACUGUAUAUCCCUUGGAAUAAUUUCACAUAGCCUAUUUUGAUGUUAUA